GGAGGAGUAUCAGCAUAAAAACCACAUGAUAAGUUUCAGGUGUUACAUCAGCACCUAAGUACUAGUGUGUAGUAAUUUCGACUAUCCAGUAAGAUGAGGAAAAUCGGGAUUUGUUUCGGUAAAACGUUCCUCAAGCAAUGGAAAUCCUUUCAAAAAAGAUGAAUGGCAGAAGCGUUGAAAUACGUCUCAGUCAGCAUCCCUCAAGCAGUGCGGGUGAUGGAUACAGUAACGUUGCAGUGCCGUUUUGACAUGGAAGGGGAGCCUUUGUACACCCUGAAAUGGUACAAGGGUGGCAAGGAAUUUUACCGAUACAUCCCCAAAGAAAUGCCCAACACCCAGGUGUUCACUGUUCCUGGCAUAACCGUUGAUUUGGGGAAGAGUACGCCGUAUGAAGUUGUUCUGAAGAACGUCCAACCAGAAGUCACAGGAAAGUACAAAUGCGAAGUAUCAUCAGAUGCACCAAACUUCUAUACGUACAUGGAAGCGGGAUACAUGUAUGUAAUUGGAAAACCACUUGGAUGUUUCAACCAACUUCAGUCGAACUUCACAGUAAAAAUGUGGCACACAAAAUAGGUGACAUUGUGAAGGUUACUAUUAAUUGAUAUCGUAUUUCACAAAUUGCGUGAUUACAGUGUAAGCG